GCCCCCAAGGCCCCAAGACGACUCCGUUUUCCCAGCGCCGUCUCCGACGCCCUCCGCAUCCACAGCCACCGUGAGCUUCUCCGUCCGAGCUCCUCCGAUUCGUGCUCGUCCAGCUCUGGUGUGUAGUGGUAGGCGGCCGGCGACGAGAAAUUUCGCGGACUGAGGAACCCCCAUGCCGGACGUGAAGCCCGCCGCUGCCGCUACCACCGGCGCCAAGGCGGUGGCUGGUGACUCAGCUUCCCCUGCGGCUGCUCCUGCUCAGACUCCUGCGGCCGCUCCUGCUCCGACUCCUGCAGCCACCAACGGCAAUGGGACACCACAGAAGCUGCCUCCUGUCCCUGCCGCGGCCUUCGACAUGCCCAAGCCCAACCUCCGGGGUCUCAACAAGCCCAAGUGCAUUCAGUGCGGCAACGUCGCUCGCUCCCGGUGCCCGUUCCAGUGCUGCAAGGCCUGCUGCUACAAAGCCCAGAACCCUUGCCACAUUCAUGUUCUGAAGCAGACCAACACAUUGCCAGAUAAGCCAUCACCUACUACUGCUCCUGUGACAGAACAGGCAUCUACCAAUUUACCUGCAACCGGUUCAUCAUCAAGGCUAGCUUGCUUGCAGAAGCUUCCCCACCAUUUUCUGAAUUCUCUCCGAACAAAAAAGUCGCUUGGUAAAAAGGAUGUUGCAAGCAUAAACAAGUGGAUGUUUAUGAAGUUAAAGGAACAUAUGCAAGGAGAUGUUGAUGCUGAAAAUGAAGCAUAUGAGAGGUAUACACAGAAUGUUGGACUACUGGAGGAAACAUUCUGUCCCAUGGAAGAUGCUGCUGCUGAACCUGAACCUGAAGCAACUUCUUCAGAAGAAGAAAGGAUGGACUUGUUGGUUUCGGAGGCAAAGGUGAGGCUGAAGUCAGAUAACGAAAAUGCAGAUAGCUUCAAGGAGAGGAUUGCCACUAUCUUGGCCCAGAAGCUGAAGAAACUGCAUGAGAGUCAAAGCACCUAUGAGGAUGACAAGCCAGCUGAUCAAAGCCAGGAUGAUCAUACAACCCCAGUGAAGCUUAGCACAAAGCAGAAGAUGGAGAAAGCUGCAAAGUUUAAUGAACUGCUUGGUAAGAUGAUGAGAGCACGGAGUGAGGACGAUUUAAAGCCUUGCCGUGAUCUUAUCGAACAGCUGUUUGGAAAGGAGGAUGGUUCGUCCAUGGACAAGUCAAACAGAAUGGAAACGGAGCCGAGCAACCAAGAGUCAGCUGCAGCAACAGCACAGCCAUAUUCUUUCCCAAAGCUGUGCACUAGGAUAGAAGUUGAUGAGGAUUUCGCCGCCAAGGUCGAUGCUGAAUUCUCUUCUCUGAGUGAGGUCGUGCAGCUAUGAACCUGAAACCUGGGCCUGAUCCCUGUGUCACUGUUCAGUAGGUGUUAAUGUGUUAUCACAGACACACAACUUCUUUGGUGCGUACUAACUUGAUAGUAUAAUGCGUCUGUGUAGUGACCUGUCAUUUAGUGUAGCUGUUUGCAGUGAAGCCAAAUCGGCGUGGCAGUUAGAGUGAUGCUGCGUUUCUUAUACCCUGUUUCUUGAGCUGUGUAACUGUGUUUGUUCUGAUAACAUGAAGCAUGAAUAGAAUGGUUGUCUCAGUUAAAAAUAGCAA